GUCAUCUUUCAGUUUGAUUAUCUUUCAUCUUUCUUUGUUAUUAUUCUUUCUCAUACAACUAUGCCGCGGAAAGCGGCUGUAGAGGACAACAUAUAUCUCGACGAGGCCGAAGACUUCAUACUGUCUCAUGCCAGCAGCAUCGCCCCCUCACCGCCUCAAUCCGACCAACAGCCAAAAGCCCAAUCUGAGAGACUAUCCGCCACUCGAAAGAAGAUGGACUGGGAACAUGAGAUCAACACUCAUCCUGACGAGCCUCUCGACGAAAGUUACCACCGAUCUUUUAAGAAGAGAGAAGCGCUGGAGCGGGAGAAGGGUAAACGUCGCGAAGGUCAGGACGGGAACGAAACGGAUGUAGUGGGGAAAGAAACACAGGUGGGUGAUGAUGAUGAUGACAGCGAUGAGGAGAGGUGUAUCAUCUGUUUGAUGGGAUUAAGAGAUAGAACCAUUGUCGGCGUAUGCGGACACGAGUUCUGCUUUGAAUGCAUAAGCAUCUGGUCAAACCAAAGCCGGAAAUGUCCUCUUUGCGCUGGGGCAAUGGCACCAUUUCUUUUGCAUAAUCUUGACGAGGAGGCGCCUACAAAAUUUUAUCUCCCUCCUCUACCUUCUAAACCAUCAUCGCAUCUUGCUCGCCCUGGCCCUUCAAGAGAGAGGCUUCCAACGAGACGAGAGGAACGUCCGAGGUGGGGAGAGCGGGAGAAAUUGGAUCCUGAUGAGUUGGACAUCCAAGUCAACCGUCGGAGGGAAUUAUACAAGCACGGUUUAUUUGCCAAGCAUAUCGCCUCCAACCGCCAUACCCGCUUUCGAGCAAACCCCACCCCUCGGCAGAUUGCCUCUGACCCCGAACUCGUCCAACGCGCCUCAGCAUUUAUUCGGCGAGAGUUACGCAUCUGGCCAUCUCUUGAUGUAGAGUUCUUUACGACUUACAUCGUUUCGUUGUUGCGGACGAUAGAUAUACGCUCAGAAGCGGUCGUCAGACUAUUAUCCGACUUCAUGGAUACCGUCGAGUUCCCUAAUGGAGCAGAGCAUUUUUGCCAUGAAUUAUACUCGUACCUCAGGAGCCCAUAUCGAGAACUGAAAGGGUAUGAUGGGAUUGUUCAGUACGAUCCUAUACCACCUUCUAGACCACCAGCUUGCUCGCCACCGCCAACAAGGGGACGUUCACAAUCUCGUUCAGUCUCCUCAUAUUCUUCUUACUUAUCCUACUCUUACUCUUCUCGAUCAUCCUCGCGUUCAAUCAGUCCUCGUCCUCGUUCUUACUAUCGCAAUAGAUCACCUCCACGCCGAUACCCUUCCCCCCCUAUCCAGCGUUCCCGCUCUUGGUCUCGAUGUCCUCCGCGGAGAAGAAGAGCCGGUCCGAACUAUGAGGAUGAACAUGAUUACACGCGGUAUCGUGAUUCUAUCAGACGGCGGGGCAGGGGUCGAGGGCGUGUUCCAGAUAGAAGGCGGGAACACACGGGUUCAGGAGGAAGAACGAAGAGACUUCGGCCGUAUGAGUUCGAAAGGGUACGUGACAGAGAACGAGGCUCAAGGGCACAUACGCGGACUGAUGGAGGAGGCAUGCGGGCAUGGGGCAGUGACAAUGGCAGGAGUCAAAUCGAGGAUGAACGCGAGGAACGGCCCGAAAAGAAGCAAAGGAUAGAGCUAUUCCCUUCGCCGCCUCGCCCAGCGAAGAAGGGGUUAGAUGAUGGUGAGGAUAAUCCUACGACAACCAACCGACGCGACAUACCACCUCAUAUGCCCUCACCACCUUCCCUCGCUUCACGUCUAGGACCAACUGUACCUGAAUGUCCUAUCCCUCCACAAAACAACUCGAAAGGUCGAAUGGAGAGGGAUUUGCCCCCUCAUAUGGCUGGGAGAAAACUUUCUAUCAAAGGGGCGGCCGUCACGAAAGCACCGACAAAUCAGCCUGGAAUGAAUUUACGGGAAAAGCUUGUAAAGGCCAAAGCGGAGGCUGCUCAAGACAAAGUCAAUCUGUCAAACCAAACCGAGACUUCGCAGAGAAUCAGCAGAGUUGCAUCGGAGUCUGUUCCUGGAUCAAAGACAGCAGAGCAGCAAGGAGCCUCCAAGUUAUCGUUACGUGAACGAUUGGAACGAGCUAAAGCCGAAGCAAAAUCAAAGAUUCAGCCCGGCAUACCUCCUCCCGACUAUGCUAACAGCGCUAACUAUCCCAAUGUCACCCUCCCGGUUCUUACCCCUCCGCCAGGAGCACCACCAUUAUCACCGUCGUCCGUUGCACAACUUCCCUCUAUUAAAGAAGAUGCCAACGUACAAGCCCUCCGGGCGAAGCUUCAGUCUCGCCUCAAAUCUCAACGGGAACGUUCUUUGUCGCACAAUCCUGUAGGAGACGUUCGUUCUGGGGCUGCUUCGACCUCAGCCUCAACCUCUGUCCCAAGUGCAGAGAACAGUGAGGUCACAAACCCUAAAGAGAUUAAAGAGAAAGGUCUAGAAGCUACGAUGAAUAGAGCUCUGCGCAGUAUCACCGAGGAAGAACGGAAGAAGGAAAUUAGGCGACGGUUGAUGGUGGCCAAGGUGAAGGAAGCAGAAACCGAUGCGGAAAGGAAGAUGAGGGAAGGGGAGAGAUGAGAGCUGUACUCUAUGCGGAGUAAAUUAUAGGACAAAAGAGUAAAAGUUGUCGCAAACUCCACAAGAUCUUGUCUCAUCAAAUGAAAUAGCUUCAUAUGCAU